AUGCGAUUCCGCUUCGGCGUCGUGGUGCCGCCCCUGGCGCCUGGGACCAGCCCGGAGCUGUUGGUCGUAGGGUCGAGGGUUGAGCUGGGCCACUGGGAGCCGCACAGAGCAGUGCGCCUGAGGCCGGCGAGCGCCGGGGCGCCGGCGCCGCACGAGCCGGGCCUCUGGCUCGGGGAGGUGGAGCUGGUGACUGAGGAGGCUGUGGAGGCCGGGGAGGAGCCUGGCCGCGUAGACACGUUCUGGUACAAGUUUCUGAAGCGGGAGCCGAGCGGAGAGCUCUCCUGGGAAGGCAGUGGGCCACACCAUGACCGUUGCUGUACUUAUAAUGAAAACAACUUGGUGGAUGGUGUUUAUUGUCUCCCAAUUGGACACUGGAUUGAGGCCACUGGGCACACUAAUGAGAUGAAGCACACAACAGACUUCUAUUUUAAUAUUGCAGGUCACCAAGCCAUGCAUUAUUCAAGAAUUCUACCAAAUAUCUGGCUGGGUAGCUGUCCACGCCAAGUGGAACACGUAACCAUCAAACUGAAGCAUGAAUUGGGGAUUACAGCUGUAAUGAAUUUCCAGACUGAAUGGGAUAUUAUACAGAACUCCUCAGGCUGUAACCGCUACCCAGAACCCAUGACUCCAGACACCAUGAUUAAGCUGUAUAGGGAAGAAGGCUUGGUCUACAUCUGGAUGCCAACACCAGAUAUGAGCACCGAAGGCCGAGUCCAGAUGUUGCCCCAGGCGGUCUGCCUCCUGCACGCGCUGCUGGAGAACGGGCACACCGUGUAUGUGCAUUGCAACGCCGGUGUUGGCAGGUCCACAGCGGCGGUGUGCGGCUGGCUGCAGUACGUGCAGGGCUGGAGCCCGAGGAAGGUGCAGUACUUCCUCAUGUCCAAAAGGGCGGCGGUGUACAUCGAUGAAGAUGCGUUGGCCUGGGCCAAAGAAGACUUUUUUCGGAAAUUUGGGCAGGUUCGUUCUUCCAUAUGCUGUCUGUAG